GUAGUUCUCACUAUCCAGAAGGAGGAGGAGGAAACGGAUCAGGAAGUGGCGCCUGUCCGAGCAUGAUCUCAAGACACCGGCGGAGGCCAGGGAAAGUGAAGUGGCUGCUUUACAUACUGACACAGGCACAUGAGAUAUCUUGGGAGAGGGAGGAAAACCAUUCUAGUAACUGCUGAAAACAAUGUUUUUAUUGUGAACCAGUCCUGGGAGCAGAUUCAAGAUAUUUCUUUAAACUAAAAUGAAAGAAUUUUACACUCCUGUUUUCAAGAUAAUGUGAUUGUAUGGAGAACAUAUGGAAACACGUUAAACUUCUGGAAGAUGAUGGCACUGAACAUUACAGGGAUUUAUUUUUGAAUGGCAGGAUGUGAAAGAAGUAUUUGUGGAUUAAAUUAAAAGCCCAUUACAUUCCAAAACUGUGAAAAAAUAGUGUCAUCACAUAACUUACAAAAGUUUAUUUUUAUUAUAUGUAUUUUUUUUUAUAAAGGACAUCCCUUUCCAAGAGUGACACUUUCAGUCUUUAUAACUGUCACCAUGUAAAUUGUUUAACUUGACCCAGAUUUUUUGGGAUAAAGCAAAAUCAAACAUUUUUCAACUAAUUUAACAAGUCUUUAAAGUAAAAUAAAUCUGAUGUUCAUUAGCUGAUUAUGGGGGAAAAUAGCCCUGAACUGGCUCUCAUGUCUAUGGAGGAGGAGGAUGAUGGGUUGUGCUCAGAUGAGAUGAGGAGGAAGUGGUUCCUGGAGAAGGGUGGGAGGGAAGGUGGCACAGUCUAUGAUACUACUACGGUGCUGAUAGAACAAGAUCAUCAGCCCUCUGGUGAGGAGGAGGAUGAAGAUGAGGAUGAUGAUGAAGGAAAUGUUGGAUCUAAUUUACCUUUUUUGGAUGCUGCAAAUGAAGCAGGACUUCUACUUAUGCCAGAGCAGGAUGCCAUCUCUCAAGGAUAUGUCCAACAUAUAAUUUCACCAGAUCAGAUACAUCUAACAAUAAACCCAGGCUCCACUCCUAUGCCUAGGAACAUUGAGGGAGCUACACUUACGCUGCACUCCGAGUGUCCUGAGACAAAGCAGAAAGAGGUGAAGAGGUACCAGUGCACUUUUGAAGGCUGCCCCCGCACAUACAGUACAGCAGGAAAUUUGCGAACUCAUCAGAAAACGCAUAGAGGAGAAUAUACUUUUGUCUGCAACCAGGAGGGUUGUGGGAAGGCAUUCCUUACCUCCUACAGUCUCAAAAUCCAUGUCCGUGUGCAUACCAAGGAGAAGCCUUUUGAGUGUGAUGUGCAGGGUUGUGAGAAAGCUUUCAAUACUCUUUACAGGUUAAGAGCACAUAAAAGACUUCACACCGGUGAAACAUUUAACUGUGUGACUGAGGGUUGUAGCAAGUACUUCACUACCCACAGUGACCUACGGAAGCAUAUUCGCACCCACACAAGGGAGAAACCAUUUAGGUGUGAUCAUGAUGGCUGUGGAAAAGCAUUUGCUGCAAGUCAUCGCCUUAAAACACACGUCAGAAAACAUACAGGGGAGAGGCCUGACUUCUACACCAGUGAUGGCUGUGAAAAGACAUUCAGCAUUCAGUACAGCUUGAAGAAUCAUGGGAAAAGUCAUGACACCACUGGAUUGGACGAUGGAUACAAGGCUGAAACAUGCGAUGAUGCAAGUCAUUGGUUUUGUCUCAGUGACUUAAGCACUUUAUCUACGGAUUCUGAACUGCGAGAAAAUGCUAACACAAGUCCUGGGCAAGCACUUAGCACCCUUUUGCCAGCAAACCUGUUUGAGUCUGUGUUUCAGAGCCCGGAGAGAACAGAAGAGCAUGAUACAGCUCAGCACAAAGCCUCUUCUUGGACAGAUAGUUUAUUAAGAACAUGGUUGCCAGAUGCACAAUCAAUGGUCUCAGCAGAAAACAAUUCAUCUGAACCUACACCUUUGGUUGUCCCAAUGGUUACUCCGACUAUCAAUUCUGAGACUUCUCUGCAGAGUACGGCUGGCAGUACCUCUACUGCAGUACCCUUAACUCCUGGAAAUAUGACGUGUGGAACGCAGCCAACUCCCCCCAUAAGCACAGCAGUGGGACAGCCCCUGGAAUUACCUGUUCUUAAUGGUGCUCAUUUCACUGCCAGCCAAGACAAUUUUCUUGCUACUCAGACAUCACAGUCAUUAGUAGAUGGGUUGACUGUGGUUGGGCCUGCAGUGCCUGUAUUGACUGGGUCAAAGUCUACUUUACCAACACUGGUACAGACAGCAGCCUCUAGUACUAACACAGUGCUGACCAAUAACCCAGCAAUUACCAUCACUCAGACUCCCAACACUGCUCUAUUGCAGCCCAGUCUGGUUAUGGCAGACCAGAACCUUCAGUGGAUAUUAAAUGGAGCCGCUCAAUCCCAGGAGCAAUCACAGCAAGCCUCAAAGGUGGAAAAGGUUUACUUCACUACAACGGUCCCUCUGCCAGGAAGCACAGGAAACACCAUGCAGCAGAUUGGUUUGAGCCUUCCUGUCAUCAUUAUAAAGCAAGAGGAAUCCUGCCAGUGUCAGUGUGCUUGUAGAGACUCUGUUAAAGAAAAAGCUACAAAACAGAAAGGGUGUUCUGUUCCACUGUCGGUGUCGGACCCCAGACUGCCAGAGCAGCCUCUCCCACCAGAUGGCUUGACUCUCUCUUCAUCAUCGUCUCCAUGCGAAGGGAGCAGUGGUCACUUAUUAAAUACUACAGACUCUCAGCCUUGGACACCAUCAUCCAUAGAUAUCUCAGACUUCCUAUCUCUCCAGAGCCCGGAAAAUCCCUCUUCUCUUGUUCCCAUGGAAGCCUUAUUACAGGGGGAUGAUAUUAGCCUCAACAGUUUUUCUAAGUAAACAAACCAUCUGCAAAGACUUAUUUUUACUUAAUUAUUUUGCUGUCAGAAUACAAGUUCUGGCCGUAGAAUUGGUUAAGAAGAGGUUACAUUUAUCGUAAAAACUGAUAUACAAUUAUUUUUGUUGCUUCUUACAUCAGCUGAGCUCGUCCAUUUUGAUUAUAAUUUUAUUUUAUUUUAAAUUUGCAUUGGAAGAGACUUUAACAUAUUUUUCUUCUGGCACUGAAAAAGGGUUUGUAAAGAUUAGAUUCAUUAACCUAUUUUGUUUUAUUGCACUAUGAGUCACUUUGUUUGCCAGUUAUAUAUGCGAAAGUUAAUUUCUAGAAGAAAGUCUCAGAAAAUAUAUAUAAAUAAGGAUAGCAAGGAAGAAGACCGUUCUGUUGUUAGAGAUCGUGUUGGGCUGACAUCUGAAAAUGUAAAGAAGCAGCCUUGCUAAGCUUAUUAAUUUAUUAACAAAAUCAGAAAAGGUUGGUCAUUGAAAGUGUUACUUCUAGCUAAGCAAUACAAUAUAUUUGCUAAUGUUAGUAUAGUCAUUUGAAAAACAGUUGCUACAAUCAUCUUGAAGAUUGUUGUUAAAAGAUUGCGUUGAUGUUGCUCUUUGGCCUGCAAUAUUUUAGUUAUGAUUUAAUGGUUCAUACCUAAAAUACUGGCCAUAAAUAUAGGAUGUCCAUCCCAUAAGACUUUGUAGUUAAAGUAAGCAAGGCUCUGCUUUUCAGUGAUGAUCUGGUUCAGUUUUUUAAAGUACAGUAUAAAACCAUAGUAGAUUGUAGUGUUUCUUCUUCCUUGUCCACAAGGCAGGUCAGAUUUUAAGAAUAUCUUUUGAUGGAUCUUCAGUGAAUUGACAAGUAGUUUAAUCACUCACUCAUUAUUUUUCACUUUUUUAUGUAGAUGUCCUUAAAAAGAAGCCUGUGUUGCUAGGCCUGGGGUUAAGAAACACUCAUGAGUUAGCUAAAUUUAACCACAAUAUGUUAUUUGAGUAACUAAACCAAGGGGUUGACAUCUCAAACAAUCUACUAACAAGUGCUUAUUUAAAAGUAUUGCUUUACAAUUUUCGAAAAUAUUUGUAUCUUUCAUAAUGUGAACAAGUGCACAAAUUUAUAGUUGAAAUACCUCCUUUGAUGUCUACAGUGUCUACAGUCACUUUAUUUUCUACCCAACGAAACCUAAGGCUAUAAAUAUUGUUAUGUAUAUAAUAA